AUGCUUUCCAAACUCUGCAUUGCCUUCUGUAUUUCCGCAGUUGCCCUGGCUGCUCCAAAGAAUGGAGGCGGCUCGGGAGGAUCUGGAGGUGACUCAGGACCUGGAGGUCCGGGAGGACCGGGAGGACCGGGAGGACCGGGAGGUCGUGGAGGCCCACCGCCACCACCAUUCCUCCAGAAUGUGACCGACGAUGGUCGCAAGGCUUUCUUCGACAUUGUCUCGAACGAAAACCUCACCCAGAGCCAGAUUGACACCCAGACUGCCGCCUGGGCCAGCACCUACGGAGUUUCGGUGAGUUCUCACUAAAACCAAAAUGGUUGGCGUAUAAAAAUGUUUCAGUCCAUCUACACCGCGUUCCAAGCUAACAGAACAGCCUUCGAAAGUGAGCUCAGAAGCAACAUCACGACGAUCCUCGGAAACCUCGACACCGUGAACUCGAAGCUCAACACCAUCUUCACCAACAAGGACCAGACCCGCGAUCAAGUCAGAUCCGCCAUUGACCAAGUCAGAGAGACCUAUCCAAGAGUGAGUUUAAAUGAGAAAAUCAAGAAAUUGAAAGAAUUGAAUUUUUUUCAGGAGGUUGACACCAUCCUCUUCCUCAACCACCCAGGAGGACCAGGAGGACCAGGAGGUCCAGGAGGACCAGGAGGACCAGGAGGACCAGGAGGACCAGGAGGACCAGGAGGACACGGCGGCAACGACUGGAGCAACAGCACCGCGUCCACGAAGACCACGAAGAAGAGCAAGAAGAGCAGCUCCUCCUAA